AGUAGUACUUCGGUUCAAUUGAAACAUUUCAAACAGAAAAACAGCGACUCUAAUAAAAUUAGUUAGAGAGAGAGAAUGGAAGACUCACUCGAUAAAUUAGCUAGAAAGAUGAACAAUCGUAGUAUGGCACAAAGAAGCCAAAAGCAGGAAAUCUAUACUACAAGCAAGAAGGCAUGGUCUCAUUUUGCUCUACUUCUCAUCUUGUCACUCAAAGCUCAUCUCUCCACUGCAUCUGCAUCUGAUACCAUGUACCGAGGUCAGCCUCUAGCAUGGAACCAGACCCUUACUUCUAAAAGCGGAAUUUUCGAACUGGGUUUCUUCACACCUGGUAAGUCUCACAAGUACUAUGUUGGCAUAUGGUAUAAAACUAGAGCAGAGUUAAGAGCGGUUUGGGUGGCAAAUAGAGACUGCCCAGUCUCUGACCCGUCCUCUAAAGCACUAGAAAUAUCUGAGGAUGGCAAUUUGUUGAUAACAGAAAAAGGAAUUCCUUUUUGCAAAUGCACAAACUCUGGCAUGCCUAAUUAUACUGUAGCAGUGCUUCUCGAUAAUGGGAAUUUUAUCUUAAGGGAUAAAUUAGAUAAUGUAUUGUGGCAGAGUUUUGAGGAGCAAACCAAUACGUUGCUUCCAGGGGCCAAGAUUGGGUACAAUACAUGGACAAGUUCAGAAAAUCCAGGUAGUGGCCAGUUCUCAGCUGAAUUAGAACAAAGUGGAGACGCACCCGUGCUUCAUAGAAGUAGAACCAAGAUGUCGAAAAAGGCUGCUUGGAUUCUUGGAGUUCUUGCAAUGCUCAUUCUUCUCCUUAGCAUUGUUUUGGCAAUUAUAUUGUGCACGCCUUCCGCUGAUGGUGCACUCGAGGAAUCAGAAUUUUCUUUGAUGUUGUUCAAGUAUCGGGAUUUACGAAAAGCAACAAACAACUUCUCCCAAAAACUUGGGGAGGGUGGUUUUGGAACUGUUUUCAAAGGGACUUUGCUGAAUUCAACAGCCAUAGCAGUGAAGAAUAUAAGAAGUGUAGAGCAAGGAGAGAAACAAUUUCGUGCAGAAGUGAGAACACUUGGAGCAAUCCAGCAUGUCAAUCUUCUUCGCCUACGUGGAUUCUGUGUAGAAGCUUCAAAAAGAUUUCUCGUCUAUGAUUAUAUGCCAAAAGGUUCUUUAGAAUCUCAUUUGUUUAAGGAGGUUUCUAAAAUUUUGGAUUGGAAUACAAGAUAUCAUAUUGCAAUUGGGAUUGCUAGAGGGUUGGCAUACCUUCAUGAGACUUGUAUAGACUGUAUCAUACAUUGUGACAUCAAGCCUGAGAACAUAUUGUUGGAUGCUGAGUAUGACCCGAAAGUGGCUGAUUUUGGGCUUGCAAAGGUAAUAGGUCGGAACUUCAGUCGGGUUUUAAUCACCAUGAGGGGAACUAGAGGUUAUUUGGCACCAGAAUGGAUCUCAGGUGAAGCUGUCACUUCAAAAGUUGAUGUUUUCAGUUAUGGGAAGCUGCUUUUUGAGAUAAUAUCUGGUAGGAGAAAUAUAAACAUGGUAGAUGAAGAGAUAUGUAACUACUUUCCAGCUCGUGUUGCAAUGGCAAUAAAUAAGGGAGAAGACCUUCUAACAUUGCUAGAUUUAAAGUUAGAGGGCAAUGCUAAUAUGGAAGAGCUAACUAGAGCUUGUAAAGUUGCUUGUUGGUGCAUUCAAGAUGAUCCAAGUGAUAGACCAACAAUGGGAAAUGUAGUUAAAAUUCUUGAAGGAUUGAUGCAAUUGGGCAUACCUCAAAUACCUCUUUAUUUCCGGCGCCUUUCAGAAAAUCCAAUGGAAGCCAGUGUUUGCCAUGAGAUUGAGACUUGUUCGAGUUCAUAUUAACAGCCACAAGUUUUUGUCUGAACUGUCUUCAUUAUCAUUAAGCAUAAUACUUGCCCACCUGUGACCUAGUGAUCUUGCUGUUCCUUUUAUGUAACACGAAUAAAAGAUUCCACUAUUGUUAGUACUUAGUAGCUAGGAGCCAAGUGCAUAAACAUAAAUGUAGUUUCAAAGUGCUAAAAGAGACUCGGUUAUUUUGAUUUAUCUGUUGUACCUAGUUAUUGUAUUUGUUUAG